CGGGAGCCGGAGCGGGAGCGGGAGCCCGGAGCUGGAUUUGGAGCGGGAUCCGGAGCGGAGCCGGUCCUGGAGGCCCGGCCGGUGCCUUGAGGAUGGAUGAGACCGUCUCCGAGUUUAUCAGGAGGGCGAUCCUGAAAAUCCCAUUUGCCAACAUGCCGGAGAUCCUGCAGGCGUGGGGGUUUCUGCCCGAGAGUCAGCUGAACACCGUGAACCUGCGCCAAAUCAAGGACUCUGUGGCCGCGGAAGUGGUCCAGCUUUGCGAGGAGCGUCGAGCAACUAUGAAACAAGCUGCCAUGUUGGACAUCAUCUAUAACAAAACUUUUCAGAAUAAGAAAAUCUGGGAUGUUUAUCGAAUGAGUAAAACAUCAGAGGAGGACAUUGACCUUUUCGAUCAGGAAGAAUUCAAAAGGACUUUUAAAAGAAUUCUUCGGGCAGCAUUACAAAAUGUGACGAUCAGCUUCAGAGACUUUGAAGAUAAUGCACUGUGGAUUCGAAUUGCCUGGGGAACCCAUUAUACGAAACCGAACCAGUAUAAAGCUUCCUACGUGGUGUAUCACUCCCAGACUCCUUAUGUCUUCGUUGCUGUUUCUGCCAACAAGAGCUGCAUUCCACUUCUCUGUCAGGCAUUGGUGUCUGCUGCUAAAUAUCAUCAGAUCAGCAAGAUGGAAUUGCGAAGCCGUUAUCUGGAGUCCCUUAAAGACAUUGUUUUUAAGCGGUUUGACCAGGCUGUUCAAGUUCAUUAUCCUAGACCCCUACAGGAAAGAAAUGUUGAAUCAGAAAUAGCAAUGGAUCCAAGGGUGGUUCAAGAAAAUAAGAGACAGAAGGAGAAAAUCCUCCGAGUGACUAAAGAAACUUUUGGAGAUGGUCUUCAACCUAAAUUAGAAUUUGCACAAUACAAGCUUGAAACAGUAUUCAGAAGAGAUGCCGGAAUGGGAAUCUUGGGGGCUAAAGAAGAACCAUUUAGAUGUCUGAUAAAAUUCUCUAGCCCCCAUCUUUUGGAAGCAUUAAAAUCCUUAGCCCCAGCAGGUAUUGCAGACACCCCCCUGUCACCAUUACUGACAUGCAUCCCCCACAAGGCAAGGAACUACUUUACAAUCCGAGAGAGAAAAGACCUUCGGGCGGCAAACACAUCUGGUCCUUGACUUUUUUUAGAGUUGAAAGAGAGAGUGAGUGAGUGUGUGUAUGUGUGUUCUUUGAGUGAAUAUUUUAGAUUUUAAUUAUAACCCAUGGAAAAACUUACUACAUCCUUGCCCGGCUAAUUCCUCUCCCUCAGACUUUCUGCCACCCCCUCCCGCUUCCCUGUGGAUCUCUGCUGGGGACCGUGACCGUCGGAAAGGUGUUUGUGGCUCGCGGAAACAGCCACUGUGCUCUGGUGGGCCCCAAACAGAAGGGUCUGGCCAGCGGCAGUGACUCUCCUGUCCCAACAUCCCGGCACAAUCCCGGGAACGGGGGCUGGCCUGCCUCUCUCCAACUGGACCUUAGGUCCCGCUGCCUGCCCACCAGUUCCCUCCCUGGCAGAAAAAUCACACAGAUCAGACACCCUGCACGUCUGCGGUCACAGAGAGAACCUGCCACGGGGCCUUUUUGAACACUGGGGGGAAACUGAGCCCAAUAGGCCAUGAUUAAAAUGGGUACCAUUUUGAUGAUA